AUGAUAGGAGCCAUUUUGGCUUUGUUCGGGACUUUUUUCCAUCUAAAAAAUCCUCCUAACUGUCAAAACCCAGAAAACUGUUCAGUCAUUGCUCAAUCCAUUUAUUAUAUCCCACUUGGAAUGUGUUUUCAGUUCGGGUGGGCGUGCAGUCAAAUUUCCCAUCUUUCUCUCAUGAACGUCAUCAGCGAUAGUGACGAAGAAAGAAUUAUUCUUAAUUCAAUUCGCCGGAGACAAAUCAAACUAAAGAUUCUAUUCGCCACAAUAUACGCAAUUGCACGACUUAUCACAAAUAUUUCGCUAAUCUACUAUCCAGUAUAUCUUGUGUAUACACUCAAAUUAAAAUCAAACGAAUCAGCGUUUGUGUAUGGGUUGGUAAGUUUUACCGACAAAACAUCUACUGGAGUCUUGGUGGUGAUUAUUCAGACUAUCGAAAAACUUUAG